AUUAAAUGAUAUGAAUUGAAGUUAAAUUUCCAGACAGUGCAAAGAGUGUAGACUUUAGAAAAAGUGAAAUAUUAUAUAAAAUUUAGAUUUUCAUAAAUAUUUUUCAUUACAUUUGUGUAUCGCAUACGAGCUGUUUGAAAAAUAUUUUUUAACUCAACUUGAUAAAUAAUUAAGAUUAUGGCUGCCAAUCGUACUCCAGAUAUCAAAUUCACCCAGAUAUUCAUAAACAAUGAAUUUGUGGAUUCCGUGAGUGGGAAGACAUUUGAGACAAUAAACCCGUCCAACGGUCGCGUCAUUACACGUCUACAGGAGGGCGACAGAGCGGACAUCGAUAAGGCUGUGGCCGCCGCUCGCAAUGCCUUCAAACGGAAUUCUGUUUGGCGUAAAACAGACGCUUCAAAAAGGGGUAAACUUAUAAAUAAAUUGGCGGAUCUGAUUGAGAGGGACAGCCAUUACUUGGCCUCAUUGGAGACCAUCGAUAGUGGAAAGCCAUAUAGGAGUGCCUUAAAUGAUGUUCAAUCUGGCGCUAAUAACCUACGCUAUUACGCCGCCUGGGCUGACAAAGUGUGCGGUAAGACUAUACCGGCCGACGGACCAGACUUUACAUUCACUCGACUCGAGCCGUUGGGUGUCUGCGGUUUCAUAACACCCUGGAACGCAGAGAUGUGGACUCUAACAACUAAAUUAGGUCCCGCUUUGGCCACCGGUAACACAGUUGUGGUCAAACCCGCAGAACUAACAUCGUUGACAGCCCUAUACGUUGCGAGUCUAGUAAAAGAAGUGGGUUUCCCGCCCGGAGUGGUAAAUGUAGUGCCAGGUUAUGGCCAUACGGCGGGCGCCGCUCUGUCUGAACACAUGGACGUCAAUAAGAUUGCGUUCACGGGUUCGACACAAGUCGGGAAACUCAUACAAAAAGCGGCCGGAAAUUCAAAUAUGAAGCGGAUUUCACUCGAAACGGGC